CGCAGAUACUCCUGUUUCGUCCAGCACCUCCAUCCGCCAAAAGUGGAAUUUCUCAGUGGCCAAACAUUUUAAUCCCGAUUCCCAUUCUCGUUCUGGCAUGUUGGUCCAUGGUCUCCUCUUCUGCCAAGAUUGUCCGACUGUCAGUAUGAUGUUGUGGCCAUCACUGAAUCGUGGCUGAAGGAUGGUUCUAGUCGGGAGCUGAAUGUCCAAGAUUAUACGGUGCAUCAGAAGGAUAGGAAGCUAAACCUCGAGUGACCAGCUGUGCGCAAGGUGGCAUGAACAUGAAUACAACAAGGCUGGACAACGAAACAUUGGAAAUGCUGAACAGCACUGUCAUUCGAAUCACCAUUCCUGUCAUUUACCUGGCCAUCACCAUCAUUGGUCUGCCCAGCAACGGCAUCUCCUUGGUACUGCUUUGCUUUCAAACCCAUCCCAAGACACCCUUGGUCAUUUUCAUGAUCAACCUAGCAAUCACCGACCUCCUACUUGCCUUCUUCCUGCCUUUCCAGGUUGCCUACCACCUAAACAACAGCAACUGGGUUUUUGGCAACAGCCAUUGCACCUUUGUCAGCACGUUAUUUUAUGCUAAUAUGUAUUGCUCCAUCUUGACAAUGACAUUUAUUAGCAUCGAACGCUAUCUCGGAGUUGUCUUUCCUAUAUGGUACAAAUCUGUGUGGAAAAGAAGGCAUGCUGUGAUUGCUUGCCUGGGAAUAUGGGUGACUUUGCUGAUUGUUCUACUGCCUUUUGAAUAUAAUGAUUUAACAUUUGAGGUUCAGGAGCUCAAUAUUACUACUUGUUUUGAUGUACUUAAGGAAAAUAUCCUUCCUAACCGAUAUACAUGGGGAUUGUUCCUCUUCACCCUGUUUGUUCUGCUCUUCCUGAUCCCAUUUAGCAUCACCAUUGUAUGCUAUGUGUUAGUCAUACUGAAACUCUCCCAGAAUUCUCACACAAAGGAGCAUAAGAAGAAAAAAAGAGCGAUAUACUUAGCCAUUACUGUGCUUUCGGUCUUCAUCGUGUGCUUUCUCCCCAGCAACAUCACCCUCUUAAUUCACAUCAUACUGAGGCUCGCCUACAAUAAGGGUUGCUACACAGCCUACAAGCUGACCUUGUUACUCAGCUGUUUCAACAGCUGUCUCAAUCCAUUUAUUUUCUGCUUUGCUUCCUCAGAUUUCCAGCAAUGUGUCUAUCAUUUACUAAAUCAGAGGCAGUCGCAUGAUGGGAAUGACAUAACCUCACCUCCAACAGCGAUGUCUAGUGCAGCUUAGAGUUAAUGACACGUGUCAACUGGCCAAACCAAGUAUUCAGGGAAGAAAGAUACCUAAAAGGUCUCGCCUUAUAAUUGGUCAACUCGAACUGUAGUGGAUUGGUAAGGAGAAAGAAGGACUCGGAUUUGACAUCUUUUCUUAUACAGUAUACAAUCUGAUGCUACCAGAUGGGGCUGAAUCUAAAGGCAGAAGUCAACAGAUCUUUUGGAAGUGGUUAGGAAAUGCAUCAAAAUCCAGGGAGUGGAAGUACUUAGCAAAUUGUAAUAUUGUUAACUUUUAUAACUUCAUGCUUCUUGACAUCACACUAAUAUAUCAAAAGAUACUUCCCUGAUCUCUGUCACCAAAAAAGAAAAAUACAGCAAACAUGUAAAAAGACCAUAAGACCAUGAGGCAUAGGAGUAGAAGUAGGCCAUUUGGCCCAUUGUAUAUGCUCCGCCAUUUCAUCAUGGCUGAUUUAUUAUCUCCCCAAUGCUAUUUUUCUGCCUUCUCCCAGUAACCUCUGAUGUCCUAACUAAUAAAGAACCUAUCAACCUCCACAUUAAAUAUAUUCAAUGGCUUGGCCCCGAGAGACAUCUGUAGCAAAUAAUUCCACACAUUAACCAUUCUGUAAAAUUCCUCCUCAUCUCUGUUCUAGAGAGGUAUCCUUCUAUUCUGAGACUGUACGCUCUUAUCCUAAACUCCCUCACUUUAGGAAACAUCCUCUCAACAUCCACUCUACCUAUGCCUUUCAAUAUUUGAUAGGUUUCAGUGAGAUCCCCCUUAUUCUUCUAAACUCCAACGAGUACAGAUCUAGAGCCAUCUUGUGCUCCUCAUAUGACCUUUUCAUUCCCAGGAUCAUUCUUGUGAUCCUUCUCUGGAUCCUUACCAAUGCCAGCAUAUCCCUUUUUAGAUAAUGGGACCAAAGCUUGCUCAAUAUCAAAAGAUGCUUCCCAAAACAAAUACAGCAGACACAGAAUCCUCCUCCAAGUUACUUACCAUCCCAAACUGGUAUGACAUUACUGUUCCUUCAUUGUUAUUGGGACAGAAUCCUGAAACUUACUUCCUAAUAAAAUUUGGGCGGUACCUUCAACAUGCAGGUUACAUCAGUCCAAGAAGACAAAUCACUAUCAGUUAUACAAGAACAACAAGGAAUAGGCAUAAUUUGCAAGUUUUACUGGUGACCCCCACAUAAUGCACAUAACUGCACCAUUAUUUGCCUUAAUUUACCUGAGAUUUUGAGUUCCACAAUCUGAAGACAAUCUGCACGAAGCGACUUCUCCUGAAACAGGUAUUGCACUCAUCAAUGACAUUCACAGGUCAGGAGAUUUGGGUUCAGAGUGAAAAAUAAAGUUAGUAUCAAAGUACAUGUAUGUCACCAUAUACAAUAUUAAGAUUCAUCUUCUUGUGUGAAUACUCAAUAAAUCGUUAAAAUAAUAUCCAUAACAGAAUGAAUGAAAGACUACUCAACUUUGGGAAUAAUAAUAAAUAAAUAAACAAACAAUAAAUAUUGAGAAAAAUGAGAUGAAGAAUGCUUAAAAGUGAGUUGACUGGUUGUGGGAACAUUUCAAUAAUGAGGCGAGUGAAGUUGAGUGGAGUUGCCCUCUUUGGUUCAAAAGCCUGACGAGUGAGGGGUAAUAACUGUUCCUGAACCUGGUGGUGUAAGUCCUGAGGCUCCUGUACUUUUUUCCUGAUGGCAGUAGCGAAAAGAGAACAUGUCUCGGUGGUGUGGUGGUCCUGACCUUGGGUAUUCUCUGUAUGAAAUCUACAUGAUCUCCUUGCAACUCAUGUGCAUUUCUCCCCAAGUGCUGUAGUUUCCUCCCACAUGCCCAAGAUGUGCUGGUUCACUGAAAUAUCCGGCCAUAGUUAAUUGUCCAGGUGGGUGAUGGGAAAAUCAGGGAGGGGUUUCGGAGUUGAUGGAAAUGUAAGAGGGAAAACAGGAUUUGUCACAGAAUCACAUAGCAUCUACACAGUCCUUCAGCCCACUGAGUCUUCUUCAGCCACAACCCUACUUCUCGUCAUGAACUCCCCACUCUGGUUCUCUACCUGCUCUGGAUCUUUUCCCUCUGAACCUUAUGCCCUCUGAACACACUGACCUCCACUCUCUCCGCACCAAUGCCAACCUUACCAUCAAACACACAGACAAAGGGAGUGCUGUUGUUGUGUGGUGGACUGACCUCGACCUUGUUGAGGUCAGGUAGCAACUCUCAGGCACCACCCCUUAUCCUUCCCUUGAAAAAAACCCCACUACAGACAAUAGGAAACCUGUUUCUGACAUCAUCACUGACCUCAUUGGCUCCAGAGACCUCCCAACCAUUGCCAUCAAACUCAUAGCUUCCUUACUCUAACUGUUGGGGGUAGGCCCAUUUUCUCUGCCCCACUGAACUCGUGUCCACAUAGCUCAGCGCUAUUCUAUCCCCCUUAGUUCAGUCCCUUCCCACAUACAUCCAUGACACUUCUCAUGCUCUGGAUCUCCUCAACAACUUCUAAUUCCUUGGCCCUGACUGCUUCAUUUUCACCAUGGAUGUCCAGUCCCUAUAUACUUCUAUUCCCCCCACCCCCUUCAAGAAGGCCUUAAAGCUCACCGCAGUUUUCUCAACAAAAGACCCAAACAGUUCCCCUUCACCACCACCCUACAUGGUCUGGCAGAACUGGUCCUCACCCUCAACAAUUUCUCUUUCAGCUCCUCUCAUUUUCUACAGACUCAAAGAUAGCCAUGGGCCCCAGCCAUGCCUGCUUUUUUGUUGGCUAUGUAGAACAGCCCAUGUUCCAAGCCUUCACUGGUAAUGCUCCCCACCUCUUCCUCUGCUACACCGAUGACUGCAUUGGCGCUGCUUCAUGCACCCGUGCUGAGAUCGUCAAUUUUGCCUCCAACUUCUACCCUGCCCUUAAAUUCACCUGGUCCAUUUCUGACAUCUGCUUCCCUUUUCUAGAUCUUUCUGUUUCCAUCUCUGGACACAAACUGUCAACUGACAUCUUUUAGAAACCUUCUGAUUCCCAUGGUUAUCUUGUCUAUACUCCCUCCAAUCCUGUCUCCUGUAAAAAUGCUAUUCUCUAAUCUCAGGUCCUUUGUUUCUGUUGCAUCUGUUCCCAAGAUGAGGUUUUCCUUUCCAGGACAUCAGAGAUAUCCUCUUUCUUCAAAGAAUGGAGUUUCCCUUCCUCCACCAUUAAUGCUGCCCUCACCCACAUCUCCUCCAUUUCCUGGACAUCCACUCUUUCCCCAUCUUUCCACUGGCUUAACAGGGAUAGAGUUCCUCUUGUCCUUCCCUACUACCCAUGAGCCUCCACAUCCAACAUAUUAUUCUCCACAACCUCCACCAUCUUCAAUGGAGUCCCUACCAGUAAACUCAUGUUUACCUCCCCGUCCCCACCCAUUGCCAACAGGGAGCACUCCCUCCAUGAUUCUCUUGUCCAUUCAUUCCUCCCCACUAAUCUCUGUCCUGUCACAUAUCCCUGCAAGGUACAGAAAUGAUAUACCUGCUCUUUUACCUCUUCCAUCACCUUCAUUCAGGGCCCCAAACAGCCCUUUCAGGUGAGGCAACGUUUCACCUGUAAAUUUGUUGGGCUUGUCUAUUGUAUCUCGUGCUCCUGGUGUGGCCUCCUUUACACUGGUGCGACCAUCAUAAAUUGGGAGACCACUUUGUUGAGCACCUCUGCUCCAUCUGCCAAAAUCGGAACUUCCUGGUGGACAACCAUUUUAACUUCCAUACCCAUUCCCAUUCUGACAUGUCAGUCUAUGAACGCCUUUUUUGCCAUGUUGAGGCCACUGUUAGGGCAGAGGAGUAACACCUCAUAUUCCAUCUAGAUGGACUCCAAACUGAUGAUAUGAACAUUGAGUUCUCCUUCUGGUAAUUUUUUUCCCUCCCCUUUCUCUAUUCUUCUAUUCCCCACUCUGGCCUCUUACCGCUUCUCCACACCUACAUAUCAGCUCCCCCUAGUGCACCGCCUUCUUCCCUUUCUCCAUAGUCUGCUCUUCUCUUCUCUCAGAUUCCUUCAUCUCCAGCCCUUUACCUUUCCAUCCCACCUGGCUUUACCUAUCACCUUCAAGCUUUCCCUCCUUCCCCUCCUCUAACAUUUUUCUUCUGACUCCUUCCCCCUUCCAUUCCAGUCCUGAAAAGGUGUCUUGGCCCAAAACAUUAACUGUCUAUUCAUUUCCAUAGAUGCUGCCUGACCUGCUGAUCUCCUCAAACAUUUGGAGUACCUACUCAUUUUCGCUCAUCCAUUUUAUUAUUCUCAAUUUCCCCUCAGAUUUCAUCAUGCAUCUACACAUUAGGAACAAUUUUCGGUGGCAAACUAACCUACUGACCCACAUACAUUUGACUGGUGAUAGGAAACCGGAGCCCAUGCCUCAUAAUGAGAACAAGGAAACUCCACACCGACAGCACCCAAGGUCAAGAUUGAACCUGGAACUAUGAGGGAGCAAAUUUACACUCUGUGGCCACUUUAUUAGGUAUUCAUUAAUGCAAAUAUCUAAUCCGCCAAUCAGGUGGUAGCAAUUCAAUGCAUAAAAGCAUGCAGCCAUGGUUAAGAAGUUCAGUUGUUGUUCAGAACAAACAUCCAAAUUGGGAAGAAGUGACUUUGACUGUGGAAUGAUGACAGAUGGGGGCCGUUUGACUGUCUUGGAAACUGCUAACCUCCUGGGACUUCCACACUCAACAGUCCCUAGAGUUUACAAAGAAUGGUGUUCAAAACAAAAAAAACAUCCUGUAAAUGGCAGCUCUGUGGCUGAAAAUGCCUCGUUAAUGAGAGAGGUCAAAGGAGAAUGGCCAGACUGGUUCAAGCUGACAAUUUAUCAGUUUAUGAAAGAUUUAGGUAGGGUAGAUAAUCAGAAAUAGUCUCUCGAGAUAGAAAUAUCGAACACCAGAGUAUGUUCAUUUAAGCUAAGAUGGGGAAAGCUUCUAGGAGUUUUUCAAUACAAGAGAUUCUGCAGAUACUGGAAAUCUUGAGCAACACACAGAACAUGCUAGAGGAACUCAGAAAGUCAGACAACAUCUAUGGAGGGGAAUAAACUGCUGAUGCUUUGGGCUGAGACCCUUCAUCAGAACUGGAAAGGAGGGAAGCAGAAACCGGAAUAAGAUGACGGGAGGGGAAGGAGUACAGGUGGCAGGUGACAGGUGAGACCAGGUGAGCAGGAAGUUGGUGGCAGGGGUUGGGGGGGGAAUUGAGGGCACAGUUGAGGGGAUUGAAGUCAGAAGCUGGGAAGUGAUAGGUGGAUGAGGUAAAGGAAGAGAAAAACAGCCUGGGUCAUUUGAGAAUAUUAGAUAUAAAAGCAAAAGUGAAACAUUUGGCUCCUCAAACCUGCUUUACUAUUCCGUAAGGUUACAGAUGCAUCACGGUGAGGACCGGCAAUGACUGAGUCCAGGUGUAGAGGAACGGCAGACUGCCAUGCAGAGGCAGAAGCAAAAGGCAUACAUAGGAAUUCCAACAGAGUAUCAGUGGCAUGGCUGAACGACUCCGCAAGAUGAAUUUUCUCAAUACAAGGACUCCACAAAGAGUGCUAAUCAGGAGUCUGCUUUAAAUAAUCACAGAAUUCAGAAAACCCAUGCCAGCCACAAUUAACUUGACAAGAUUAAACAGAAAGCACAAGAGCUUAACAACUCAAGUUAAGACAACAAUUAGUAAAUACAAGUGAUUGAGAAACCCAGGAGCCCAAUGCUCUACAGCUCGCCGCAGAGCUCAGGACAAGAUAAUGUAAUUUACACCUCAGCCUCACUUUCUGACCUGUUGCUCCAAAUUCCAUCCAUCUCAUCCCUUAAUACAUUUAGUGAUCCCACCUCCACACUUCUCUCAGUGGAGAGUUGCAAAGAUUCAUAACCAUCCGAGAGAAGGAACUCCUCCACAUCUGUAUUAUAGUAAAUGAACAAAAUACAUUAUUCUAAAGCAGCAAGAUUCACCUUAUCAAGCUCCAUCCCCACCCAGGAUCUUACAUAAUUCAGUAUGUCCAUCCCUUCUAAACUCUGAACUUCAAAGUGCAGGCCCACAGACAAUCCACUCAGACUUUCCUCCUAAGGGAACUAUAAACACAAGAGUUUUUGCGGAUGCUGGAAAUCCACAACAAGACACACAACAUGCUGGAGGAACUCAGUCAGUGAAUAUGGAAAGAAAUAAAGAGUCAACGCUUUGGGCCAAGACCCUUCCUCGGAACUGGAAAGGAAGGGGGAAAGAAGCCAGAAUAAUAAUGUGCAGGAAGGGGAAGGAGUGCAAACUAGAAGGUGAAAGGUGAAACCCAGUGUGGGGGAAGGUAGGUGGGUGGGUGAGGGCGCAUGAAGUGAAAAGCUGGGAGGUGAUAGGUUGAAAGGUAAUGCUAUCGAAGAAGGAACCACCUAUCACCUUCCAGUUUCUCUCUUCAGAGUUGCUGCCUGACCUACUGAUUUUCUCCAGCAUUUUACCCUGAAGAGAAAUGCUUGCCCUGUUUCUAAGCUGUAACUUUCAAUGCAAUUUUAUAUAACUUUUCUUUUGAUGACAUUCUAUUUUUUUCCAUAUGUACACUUUCGCAAGGAGGUAAACCAUCCUCCCAUUAACUAUGCUUAUUGUACCUGGGAUGUUUGUAAUUGA